CUCUUGCUGGUGUGCUGGCUCAGAAUCCAGUACCGAUCCAGUUCCAAACAGACCCUGUGCUGGUUCGACCCGAUGCUGACAUAUUAUUUACAGUACAAACCACCUCUAACCGUCGUCUCCAUGGCUGAAGUACCAAGGAGUCACACUAGGCUGUGGACUGGCAAUGGUCCAGCGGAUAACACGUGCCCCAGUUCCAGGGGAGGAUCACCAUCACGGCCAACCCAGCUCCGAAUUAGCAGAGCCCAGCUCCAAGAUGCUGGAACUACGUGGUGGAGGUGACCCCCACUGCCACACAGGCCUCACUGUGAACUCCAAGUCUGUAGUGGCAAGCGUGUUUGAUGCAGUGGCUGGGAUUGAUCUCUUGCUUCCCUCAGUGGCUGUGGAGGGGGGAAACGUGUCUCUGAGCUGCACUUCGACGGCCGGCACAGGGACGAGUGUCCAGUGGCGUAAAGGAGGUACAACAAUCACUGUGGAUUCGAGGAUCACCAUCUCGGGCAACUCGCUGACCAUCAACCCGGCCAGGCGGAGUGAUGCCGGAGAGUACACCUGUACCAUCAGCAACCCCGUCAGUGCGCUCACCGCCACGAAGAGCCUCACUGUCUUCUAUGGACCUGACACACCGGUGCUGACAAAGUCCACUGAAAAGAAUUGUGUGGGAGGAGGAGAUGUCUUGGUGGGACAGCCAGUACGUCUCACCUGCAUCUCUGAUUCACUGCCGCCUGCCGUCUUCUCAUGGCAGGCUAACGGACAGCCUGUCACAAACAGCCAGGCGGACAGCGGAGUGCUUGUCCUCCAGAUCACCUCAAACAAUGACAGCGGCCGGUACGUCUGCACAGCCAGGAACAGCAUCACAGGAGGCGCAUCGACAGAAGGGACCAACCUGGCCGUCGUAGCCAUAUGUCUCAAUGCAGGGGAAGUGGCAGCAAUUGUAAUUUGCUGCUUUGUAUUGAUCUUAAUCAUCCUGAUCCUAAUCAUCAUCUGCUGCCUAAGAAGACGGAAUGUGCAACGAAGACAAAGGGAAUCCAUGGCUUUGCAGAAGACUAAUGUGAAUCCACAGCCUGUAGCUCCAGAUCCACAACCGAAUGAAGCAAGGGAUUUGAGCCAAGGUCCCCACCCCCCUCUCUAUCACACAAACCGCCCUAACGUCUUAUAUACAGUCCCUCCUGCAAACCAUCAGAACACACAGAUGCUGUCAUGGAACAGUUUGCAUAACUCCAGCACACACCAACACAAUGAAAGUUCACGCCCAAAUAGACUCCAGUAUAAUGUCAUUCAGAACUCUAAUUCGCAGCCAAACAAUGGUAUAGACAACCCAGCCUUCAUGCGUACAGAACCUGAGCAUUUAAACACUCUGCCUAACACACAGCAACAGAAUCCUAGUGUUCUCAUACAGCCUGGCACUGCCCAGGGUGGUGCCCAGCCACCAGCAGUACAUGUCAACCUGAACACGCUGCCACACACUGCCCAGCAAAGCAACAAUGCCCCAAUGCCUACAAUUCAUGUAAAUCUCAACUCCUAUCCGAACAGUGGUCAGCAGACUCAGCAGGCCAGCCCAGUGCUGCCUCUCACCAACACAGCUGAUAAUAGUGCUUUACAAAACCAACACAAUCAAUCACACACAAGUCCCAGAACACAAAGAGGACAGUAUGAUCUGGUUAACCCACAAGGAAAUGGUUACACAGACCCAUCACAACCUGAACUUAUCCCAACAGGAUACACUCACUAUAACCGUAACAACACUCAUCAUCGGAAUGCCAACACACAAACCUACCAGCAGGACCCACUACCAAACACCAGGUCUAAUCCCACCGCCUCAGCUCAUACAAGGUCAAGAACACAUGAUGCUGCAGCAGCUUCCGGCCCUUCUGUUCGACAGAUGCCAUGGGAUCGCCUCAGAGGGACACCAGCAUAUCCCAGUGGUACAUUUCAGAGAGAUCGUUUCUCAACUGAACUCAGUUCAGACACUACAGACUACACUACCCAUAAUCCUUUAGGUAACGCCAGAAUAUCAAAUGGACCUCGGCCUGGACCUCAGAACCAAACCAUCUCCAAGAGCAGAACACCACCUCAGCACAAUGUUCUUUCAGUAGACAGACAAACUCAGACUCAUUCUUUAAAUCCUGGAGCUCAUAUCCAAGGCCAAAGCACCCGCAGUCUCACACAGCUUGAGGCUACACCAGACACACACAGAAGCCCCCGUGCACAAAGGGAGACAACUCAGCAAGACAUCAGAAAUCAUUCGAGUAGCCAGACUGCCCCCAGGCAGGAAGCCACACACAGUAACAUCCCCCAGGCACAGCUUCUCAUGACUCACCAGGCCUCUGUAGGGGGCACGGCUUUGUCUCCUGGACCUUUGACACACCAGGGAAUGACUGCACCUCAGGGUGCAGACACAAGAGCUCUGGCCGAUCCUAAUCAUCUUCAACAGGCACUCAUGGCCCAGCAACAAAAAGUGACACAGAUCCUGGGCACACAAACACAGCCUGUCAUACAAGGUGCCGAUCGAACUCGCCAAAGAGGAGCUGCCGCUCCCUCACACCCUGCUGCUCCCUCACACCCUGCUGCUCAGCAUCAAACAAGUAACCUGACACAGGCUGCACUUGCAGCACACACGCAGCAGGCACAGACAUUCCGUGAUCGUAAACAACAGACACAGGCCGCCCUGCUACAGCCCGGACCACAGACACAAGUGCCUCCUGCCAGGGCUCAGCGCGCACCGACUCCUCCUCCUGUUAUCCCUAUAAACCAGUUCCAAGCUCUUCCCAAGGUACACACUCAGCACAGAUCACCAACAAGGGUCCCUCAGCCUCCCAGACCCCCAGUAAACAUGCCUGUAGCUCAACGGCAACAACAGGUACAACAGAGGCAUCUCGCACAGCGCCAGCCCAUCACCAUGCAAGCCAAUCAUCAUCACCAACCGGGAAAUACCCACAGACACGUUCACACCCAUGCUGGUGGUCAUCGCCAUCAUACCCACGCCACUCACCCACAACAGCAACAGGCUCACAGAGGGAGACCAAGAUGAUGAUGACAGAUGUCAGUGUAUUCUACACUCUGCAACUGCUGCACAUCCACUGACGCAAACACCUGACAGACAGCUGGGAUUCCACAAAUCCACACUGACUGUGCAGCGGUGUGAGCAAAAACAACGACAACAACAAACGGCCCUUGUAAUUUCUGUUUUUUUUUCUUUCUUUUUUUCCACGCAGUUUAAUGGAAAGCAAAAUUAAAUGAGUAAAUCUCUCCAGGCAAUGCAGAAACAACUACUGUUGUUGAAAACAAAAUACUUUCCCAGAAACAAUCAACAAAUUCUCUCACAGCAAGAAGCGUGAUCUGCACAAAUUCAGAAUAGUUUCUUAAUUUAUAUAAUUAUGCAGAUUUUUUUUUAUUUCUCAGACCUCACAAUAUGUAGUUUCUUCAAGAACAAAAAUCAAGGCCUUUUUACAUCAAUUAAAUGCCCCCCCCCCCCCCCUUAACUUUCCGAGCACUGGUCGUGCAUCAAACUUUGCCAAGAGCCCCCUCAGAGUUGACAGGUUCAGUGAUCCAUAGCUCCUGAACAAGCCCACAUCUCCUCACCCAUACAUCAUCACCACAACAACAUCACUGCCACAGAAUAAACUGAAGACGUUUGCAUGGAUGCAUCUUUCCUGCCUUUGAAGGUGCAGCUAAUAUGGUCGGUUAAAUGAAGAGGGGUCGUGUAUGGAUUCAGAGACACUGUAAGGACUUGGGGCCCCUGGGAGCAGCGAUUAUGAAAGCCAAAAAAAAAAAUAAAUAAGAAAAAGUGGCACUAUUUAUUUUGUGCCUUCUGUUUACAGAUGCCUCUCAUGGCACUUCUCAAUUAAGGGGAUUCGCCUCAGCAGCGCUCAGAAGUAAUGCUCGACUAACUAUGAAGGGGAUCUCACAAAUGAAUGGGCUCUUAUUAAUUAACUGCUUUUAUGUGACAUAAAUGACUUGGAAAAUAAUCACACUCAUCCAUAAAUGAGGUCAGCACAAAGACCUGGUGUGACACACAUUGUGCAUAAUAAUCAGUGUAACAGUGUAGUUGUAAAUGCCACAUUCAAAGGUUUUAUGAAAUGUUGUCUGUGCACUUUUUAAAAACAUAUUUUAUUUAUUAUUUUGGUACCUAGUGAGUGCAGCAGUAAAUGUUCAUAUGAAAAGUACACACACACAUCUAUGGGCUUUUGCAUAUUUACCCUGCAUGCCACUGUGCAAGCAGGGUAAUCGCUCCUCUGUGUAUCUAUGUUUUUGAGCAGCUGUGUGUUGAAUUAAAAAAAAAACAAAAGUGUCACCAGAUUAAUUUUUGGAAGAAACUGAUCAAGGUCAAGUACAUGUUUACCAUCAUAUCUCCACUACUAAUAUGGUGAGAUUUGAUCAAAACCUCUUACUGAUUAGUAAAAAAAAAAUCAUAACCAAUUUUUUUUAAAUCAUUCUGAAAUAAACAAUGAUUUUAAUUCUUGAAUGUUUUUUUUCUCCAUAAUAAUUGAUUAAUUCAACACACAGCUGCUCACCUCCUUCCUGAAAGGGUUCCUGGACUUGUUCAGGUGGGUCAGGGGGACUGACAGACAUCCUGCUGCUCCUGACGUGUGUGUUUGGAUUUGAUAAACACAAAGCAACAAAGCAAUUGAUUAACACAAAUGUUGCAUUUCCAUAUGAGAUGCCACAAGUAUUUAUCUUUGCUUCUCAGGAAAAAUGUGUACAUUACUUGAACUUUAUGAGCUGUCCAAAGACCCUCUUUCAUCAAUAAUGAUAAUAGAAUGAUUUUGUUAUUACAGUGUGUAUGUUUGAAUGCUAAAUAGAGAGCUAAAGGGAGGACUAUGUGUCUUCUUGAGGAUCCUUGGUCACCCCUGGAAUGACUGUCAACUGAGUGGUUUACUCAAAUGAGGAGUAUUGCUUGCAUUCUGUAGGUGUGCCAGGUGCAACAUUUUGGCCAUGUGUGCAUUUCUCUGUGCAUGAACCAGCACACAGAACUCAACAUAACUCAAACUUUAUUUCUAAAACACAUUCUAAACGACAGCGGUCGACCAACGUGCUGUACAAAAGUGGGCACCAGGUUACACCC